UCAGUGGAUAGUUAGUUAGCAAUCAAUUGAUAACAUAUCAAAUUGUUUUUCUCUUCACAAUAAUUGUUAACUUAAUAAUAAUAAUAAUAUUUUUGUUGAAAACUUUUAAUUCAGUCUACAGUCCAAUAAUGACAGAGCGAGUGAUCGACAAGGAAGAUGAGGCCGUCUACCGAAACCUACUGUCCAGUGAUCUGUUUAUGGAUGCCAUCAGCGAUGAAUACAAGUGUUCAAUAUGUCUGACCAUUUUGCAGGAUCCCGUUUGUCUGCCCUGUCCGGCACAGCACAUGUUUUGCCGUUUAUGUAUUACCGGAUACUUUCAGCACUUGUCCGCCGGUACAGCUAAGUCGUGUCCCGUCGACCGUAUGGUCUGUACUAUGGCCGACAUACGACCGGCACAUCCGUCGAUAAAGAGUAUUAUCGAGAAAUUUAAGAUGCGUUGCCCGAACCAUGAGGAUGGCUGUACGGUUACGAUAACCGUAUCGGAACUACGUAAUCAUACGCUUAACUGUCGACUGGGUCCGUGUACUGGUGGACAGCCGUCGACAUCCGGAAGCGAUGUAGUUGGCAUCGAAGUGGCCGCAACGCCGAUAACGAUUUACGUGAAACUCGAAGGCAAUAAAACGGCAAUCAUAUCGGCCGAUGAAAAGGACAAUGUCCUGACACUGAGGCGUCGUAUACGGGAAAAGGAGGGCAUUGAUACACAAUCGUUGAUCAUUACUAACGGUACAAAACCGUUGGCCGAAGAUAGUCGGCUACUAAUUGAAUACAAUAUCAAAAACGGUUCGGUAUUGUAUACUCAACGUCGCUUUAAUGGUGGCCUAAAUGGUGGCCAAAAAUGAUGAACUGUUUGCGGGACUAACUAUUUUUUUUUAUCUUAAAAAUAGUUGAACCACGAGUUCAACGAAUUAUUUGUUUUCUUUCAUUUAAGAA